GGAAAAGCUACCUCAGCAAGUCCUCGAGCCUUUCCUCUUACGAGAUUUGAUAUGCGUGACACGGUCCUACCAGUUGAAUCCUAUCAUCCGCUACGAUGGGAAUCUAUACAAAAGGGUUAACGCCUCGCCGCACUUGUCGAACGCCAUGAUAUCCAGCCCGACAGAUAUCUGAAGAGCGCCAGUCCUUCUGUUCCCAUCGUUUCGCCCUAGGGGCUUUGAUUGUAAUAGCGUCGUUUGUCGCGUCCUUUUGUCCAUACUUCCUUUCGCUGUCGAUAUACCCCUACGUCACCUUCCUCGGGCAUACCAGCCAUAUCUAUCUUCCCGUUAAUUACUAUUGUCUCUAAGUUAAAAGGACCAAUGGAUGGACUCAACAUAUACCGAACGGCGCGAGUCGCCGAUGUCCUCUCCGACUUCCGCACGCUGCAGUACUACAUCGCCGCGGCGCCCGUCGACCCCGAAGACAUGGACGACUACUACACCGAAGGCUGGGCUGUGCUCCGGCAGUGCGCCCUCGACGGGCAGCACAUCCUCAACUGCGGCGCCGACACCACGGUGCCCCAGGCCACCGGCGGGCCCGAGGAGCAGGAAAAGGCGGAGCUGAAACACGUUCUGCUCGACGCAUUCGCCCGCAGACACCAGGGUCAGAAGAUCUACCUCCGCCAGGCUGCUGCGCAGCGCUGGGUCGAGUGGAGAAACCAGACCUUGAUGGGUGACCGCCCUCACCAGGGCAACCAGUCGCAGCUCCGGAGCUGCGACCAACAAUUGCGAGCUGAGCUCGCCAUGGUCACCGAUGAGUACGUCUACACCGAGCUCCAAACCUCGGAUCUUGCCAUGGGCCGCUGGAUCGCCGAGGACCCCAGCUUGCGGAGCGUUCAACGAUGGGUCAACUCCAGAGGUGCCUGAUCCCUCUCUCCCUCCGUUGGGUCAGCCAUGACAACGGAAACAGGGGGCCUUAAUUCCUUCCUUCCUUUCUUCAUUUAUUGCAUAUAAUUGGCGCCAAACGUGCACGUUGGCAAGGGAAACGACCGGUAUACCACAUUGGGGCGCGC